AUGAAUAUUCUCAGAACUCCACUAGUUGUAUCAACGGUGUUAACAACAGCUGAAAGAUUCCAACAUCGUCAAGUAAUUCGAGAAACAUGGGCUAAUCAAAACAAUUCUAAAAAUAUAAAGAAUGGAAAUGUCAAAGUAUAUUUUCUUCUUUCAAAUCCCAAAAAUAGUAAUAUUCGAAAGAAAUUGGAUGAGGAACAAGAGCUAUAUAAUGAUAUCAUUAUAACUAAUUUGACUGAAAGUUAUCAUAAUUUAUAUCAAAAGGUUUAUGCUGCUUUUCUUUUUGUUCAAGCUUAUUACCCACGCACAACAUAUCAUAUGAAAGUGGAUGAUGACGUGCUGAUUGAGAUGGAUAGGAUGUUCCAUUUUCUUCAAAAUAAUCGAAAAUCUUCUAUCAUGUGUAAGGUUUGGCCGAAAUCAGCUCCGAAAAGGAAUCGAAAACAUAAAUGGUUCAUAUCAAGAGAGCAGUGGUCAUCCAAUUAUUAUCCAAAAUAUUGUGAUGGACCUAUGUAUAUGAUUGGACAUCAUGCUUUGAAAUCAUUGACAAGCUUUUCUAGACAGAUGGAUUUAUUUCCGUUUGAGGAUGUUUUCUAUACCGGCAUAAUUCCUGAAGCAGCGAAUGUGACAAGAAUAUCAUGGUCAGAUCAUAUACUUCACUAUAACACGGAAUUAUGGUGGAAUGUAUCAGAAUGUGAUAAGAGUAAGAUGCCUUUGCUGUUCGCCGUUCAUUCGCUGAACACUCCAUCAAAGAUGAGAUUUGGUUAUAAAAUUCUUCGAAACUUAACAUGUAUUUCACACAAUGAUUUAUUAUUAAAACGAACGGAAUUUUAUGAGAAAAAAAAAGGAAAUUAA